GCAGCUGGUUGGCUGCAUAGCGAUAGCGCUGGACCCCGUAGGCUUGUGUUGUAGCUUGCUAGCAGUGCUGGAUUGCGGGUAAACUCGCAAGGUUGGCCUGGCCUGUUGUCCUGUCCAGUCCGCAGAGACAACAAAACAAACCGAUAACGGAGAAGUGAGCUAACCGCCCGCCUAGCCCGCUGGAGAAGGCCUGGGCCCUCGUGACUUCUGUCGUGAAGUUCCCCAGUGCUCUGGAAGGGGCGCUGCGGCAGGAGGACAGCAGUAUGAAUCGUAAUAAGCGCGGUGGCGUCGGCGGGGGCGGCGGGGGAGGGGGGGAGAAGGACUACUACAGCAUGGAAGUGGCGGACUCCACAUUCACCGUCCUCAAGCGCUACCAGAACCUACGACCCAUCGGGUCCGGAGCACAGGGCAUCGUAUGUUCUGCGUAUGACCACAACCUGGAGCGUAACGUGGCCAUUAAGAAGUUGAGCCGGCCGUUCCAGAACCAGACGCACGCCAAGCGGGCCUACCGGGAACUGGUACUGAUGAAGUGUGUCAACCACAAGAACAUCAUCGGGCUGUUAAAUGUCUUCACGCCACAGAAAACACUGGAGGAGUUUCAAGAUGUGUACCUGGUUAUGGAGCUAAUGGAUGCUAACCUGUGUCAGGUGAUUCAGAUGGAACUGGAUCACGAGAGGCUAAGCUACCUGCUGUACCAAAUCCUCUGUGGAAUAAAACACCUGCACGCAGCAGGCAUCAUACACAGAGACUUGAAGCCCAGUAACAUCGUGGUGAAGUCCGACUGCACGCUGAAGAUUCUGGAUUUCGGUUUGGCUCGCACGGCGGCGACCGGCCUGCUGAUGACGCCAUACGUGGUGACGCGAUACUACCGGGCCCCCGAGGUCAUACUGGGGAUGGGCUACCAGGCCAACGUGGAUGUGUGGUCUGUGGGCUGCAUCAUGGCUGAGAUGGUGAGAGGAAGCGUCCUGUUCCCCGGAACCGACCAUAUCGACCAAUGGAACAAGGUGAUUGAGCAGCUGGGCACGCCCUCUGUGGACUUCAUGUUGAAAUUGAACCAAUCGGUGCGCACCUACGUGGAGAACCGGCCGCGAUACGCCGGAUACAGCUUCGAGAAACUCUUCCCUGACGUGCUGUUCCCCGCAGACUCCGAACACAACAAACUGAAAGCGAGUCAGGCGCGUGACCUGUUGUCUAAGAUGCUGGUGAUCGACUCCUCCAAGAGGAUCUCAGUAGACGAAGCCUUACAGCACCCCUACAUCAACGUUUGGUACGACCCAGCUGAGGUGGAGGCGCCUCCUCCUGCCAUCACAGACAAACAGCUGGACGAACGAGAACACACCGUGGAGGAAUGGAAAGAGCUGAUCUAUAAGGAGGUGUUGGAUUGGGAGGAACGGACGAAAAACGGAGUCAUACGCGGACAACAACAACAACAACAACAACAACCACUAGCGCAGGUGCAGCAGUGAUGGAGGGUUCCCCCCUCUCGUCUCCAAGGAGAUGAUGCUCCGCCCCCCUGACCUUGAACACGCCCCCCUCCCCGUCGCCCGGACGACGUCAACAGCUGCUGCUCGGCCAUCUAUGCCACACCCCCUCACCCCCUUACCCCACACGGGCUGCUGUCAUUGGCUGUUUCCGGUGGUUAGGCCACACCCCUUUGUUUCCCAUUGGCUCUCGGGAGGGGGAGGGCCCUCAGGAGCCGCGUGUCCUUACAGGAGCGAAUCAGAAGCCUGCUCUCCUGUCAGGAACCAAUAAGAAGGCCUCCUGCUCUCCUUGGCCCCGCCCCCCAGCUCCUCUUCAUGAACUCUACUGUCUGGUGGUUUUUAUUUUUGUCUUUAUUUGUUUUUGUUUAUUUCUGUUUAUUUGUGUUUAUUUGUGUUGUUGUGUUUAUUUGUUUAUUUUACUGAAGCUACUGCUGUGUGAUCUUCACUCUGCCAUAAGGGUGCGCAUCUGGUAUGUGUGUGUGUGUGUGUGCAGGCGUCUGUGUGUGUGUGUGUGUGUGUGUGUGUGUGUGUGUGUGUGUGUGUGUGUGUGAGUGUGUGUGUGUGUGUGUUUGUGUGUGUGUGUAUGUGUGUGUAUGACAAUGCGAGUGCGAGUGUAUGAGAGUUCAUGUGAGCUAAUCUGAAGCUUUUAAGGAAUAUAUUUUUAAAAGUGUGUGUGUGCGUGUGCGUGCGUGCGUGCGUGUGUUUACUGAUCGAUCAUCUUCUUAUUUAUGUCCUGACCUCCUGGCUAUCACCAUGGUUACCACCAUCAUCAUCAUCAUCAUUAUUAUUAUUAUUAUUAUGAUUAUUGUUAUUGUUUUGGGAUGCUCUCAGCUGUACACAGAGGUAACUGUGUGUGUGUGUGUGUAAGUGAGGCUGUGCGUGUGUGUGUGUGUGUGUGUGUGUGUGUGUGUGUGUGUGUGUGUGUGUGUGUGUGUGUGUCUGUGUGUGUCUGUGUGUGUCUGUGUGUGUGUGUGUGUGUGUGUGUGUGUGUGUGUGUGUCCUCCCUCACUCCUGUCUCU